AUGUCUGACGACAAUGACACGAAAUCUCCCUCCCCUCUCAUCAAUCCCUCCCAACGACUCUCUCAGCUAGCUGGACAUGUAGCUGCGCCCAAGAAACGGCGCGCAGCCAAAACCAAAGACGAGCCUCCAGCAGACUAUUCCGACAUCCUGAGCCAGCUCGACACCCUCCGAACCAUCGCCAACACGCCCGAUGCUAAGAACAGAGGCUACGUGCGACAAAAACAAGCCGGCAAGCUCUGGGUGCGAGAACGAGUCCUGCAGCUUCUAGACGAAGGGAGUUUCUACGAGGUUGGAUCUGUCUCCGGGACCGUAAAAUGGAGGAAACUGUCUGGCACGAAAGAAGAACCUAUUUCCUAUGUCCCGUCCAAUAAUGUACAGGGUUUUGGCAUGUUGCGGGGGCGCAAGGUCGUCUUUACCGCGGAUGAUUUCUCGAUUCGAGCGGGUCAUGCGGAUGGGGCGUUGAUGGAGAAGACUAUCUAUAUGGAGAAACUGGCGAUUGCGCUCAAGUUACCGAUUGUGAAGCUCGUGGACGGUAGCUCAGGAGGGGGCAGCGUCACUACGAUAAAGACGGCGGGGUAUUCUUAUAUCCCUCCUAUGCCAUCGUUUGAGUUUCUGGUUCAGCAGUUGAAUAUGGGGAUCCCGAAUUUGGGGGCAGUCCUUGGACCUGCCAUUGGGCUGGGUGCUGCAAGGGUGGUUGCUUGCCACUUCUCGGUCAUGGCUGCGGAUGUGGGGUCCUUGUUCAAUGCGGGGCCUAAAGUGGUUGCUGGUGCAACAUUUGAGGAAGGUCUAAGUCUUACAGACCUGGGUGGGCCAAGUAUGCAUUGCACGAAUGGUACUAUCGAUAAUCUGGCCGCCAAUGAGCAAGAGUGCUUCGAGCAAUUACGCACAGUUCUAAGUUAUCUUCCAAACUGGGGAGGUUCUUUACCUCCCGUCAGAACAUCCGAGGAUCCAGCCGAUCGACGGUGUGAAGAGCUUCGAACAAUCAUACCCAGAAGAAAGGCACGAAUGUAUGAUCCUAGGAAGAUCAUUACAACAGUGGUCGAUAUUGGUAGCUGGUUUGAGAUCGGAGCGCUUUGGGGGACGACAGCCAUCGUUGGUCUGGCAAGACUAGCUGGUCGACCUAUUGGCAUAGUAUCAUUAAACUGCGAGGUCAACGCCGGGGCGUUGGAUGCUGCUGGAAGUCAAAAGAUCACCCGGCACCUAAAAUUCUGUGAUAUCUUUAACAUUCCCCUGGUUCAAUUUGUCGACAUACCAGGCUAUGCCGUUGGAACGGUCGCCGAACGAACAGCAACGAUGAGACACGGCGUUGCUCUAGCCACUGCCUAUUUUUCUACUACAAUGCCUGUAUUUAGCGUGGUCACUCGGAGGGUAUACGGCGUAGCAGGGGGCAUCAUGCUGGAUUGUCGAAAUCCCCGUAUGAGGGUUGCUUGGCCUAGUGGAGAAUGGGGAAGCUUGCCCCUGGACGGCGGAAUUGAAGUUGGUCAUGCCGCGGAGCUCAGGGCUUUAGAGCCCGAUAAACGAGCAGAGCGGUAUAAAGAACUGGAAGAGGAGUACACGAGACUUAUGAAUCCUGUGCGGACUGCAAACGCAUUCGGCAUCGAAGAAAUCAUUGACCCGGCUGUUACCAGAAAAGUUGUUGCUGAGUGGGUCAAGCAUGUAUAUGAGGAACUUCUCCCAGCAAGGUUGCUCGACCGGGCCAGCGGGAAGAUCCACCCAAUGUUUUAUUGA